GAGGUGAGGGUUCGGAUUCGGUUGAAUCGGGCAGAGGAAGCAGUGGCGACCCGCGACCAAGGUCCAUGCCAAGGAAGGGCGAUGCGAAGUACGGCAUCCAGCCACGCGAACCGGUUCAAGUAAAUGGUUACGAUUGUCUUCCUGCGCGUGGUGGCAAAGCAGGUGGUGAUGAUUAUACCUGUGCUUCCCGAACAUCACAAGGAACGGUUGCAUCUUCCAGCGAGGAUGAAAGUGAAUUUGUCCCGUCCAGCACCUUUCUCGAGAGCGGCGUCUUGCACAUACGCGGCAAUGGAGUGGUGAGAAACGGUGAUGUGCCAAACAACCCAAUUACCCCUCAGAAGUUGAAGAACAACACGAAGAAGAUGCAAAAGCGAAAGAUCGGCACAACGGAAUGCACACCCGACACGAAACGAAACAAAGGUACUCCAACGCCUGCAUGGACCUCUCGUGGAGAUGGGUAUGCCAAGCAAGACAGCGACGAUGCAUCCAGUUGCGACGAUUCAGACGAACACUCGACUUCAGGAAAGGAUGCCGCGGUGGAAGAAGACUGGGUAUGGAAGGAGCUCGAUCAGCGCCAUUUCCGCUUUCCCUCUCGAAAACAACUUGCAUUCUUGGAAACCCUUGAUCGCGAUGCAAUGCAUACCGUGGCAUCAAACCAAGCCUUUCUCUCCCUCGCUUCUGCCAUUCCAUCUAUGCUUCCAAUGAACGGAAUGUCUCCGUUGCACGUCAUCGACCGGCCGCGACGCGGACGGUAUUAUCUAGAUACUUGGGGCGAACUCGACUUCCUUGACACCUUGAAGUCGUUUGGAAAAGAUGUCCAGUUUGACACGUCAGAAUUUCAAGUGUACACGACCAACCACGACUUGGUGCACCAAUACGACGAUGACGCGUUCGAGGACUACGUGAGCAGACUGGAGAAUGCCAUCUCUCCCAAUGCACAUCUUGAUGAACGAAUACACGAAUACCCUGCGAGCUUCGGAGGGUGUGACGGUGGCGGAGAGAUGGACGCCUGGACGUCGCAACCCGAAUUGUGGGUACAGAGGACAUCUCGCGAGCCAAGCGAAGUCGACGAAGUGUCAGACGUGAUGGAUAUGUGCAUAAAAGCACUGGUUAAUCAAUCUGCAUCCAACUGUCAUGCUCUGCGUCAAGUGUUUGGUACCACGGCAGCGAAUGACCGCCACGGGCAACUGACCUGAUUGCGCUAGAUCGUGUGGCGCAAGAGACCGAACUGGAGCCCAUUUUCCAACAAGAAAAAUUGCUUAUCACCGAGAUUGAAACGUAUUACCAACGUUGGAGACAGACAAAAGCAGCGUUCCGCAGUGCCUCCGUUGUGUCAGCGUGGCGUACUGCUUUAAAGUCGCAGAAUUUCAAUGCGGCGCAGAUUAGCGCCGUUGAAUUUGCCACCCGCUUUGCAUCGUAGGCACGUCCUUUUCUGCGAUUGCUAAUACGUUGAUCGUAGGACGUUGCAGCUCGGUGAUGGCAUUGACUUCCUCGAUCACACGGGUCAGUGGGAACCUGGUUUUGUCGUUGACCUGUUUGUCGCGUCGUGCAAACUGUCGAGUUACGCCAAGAUCCAGCUCGUGCGACAUGGGGCUGUUUCCCAAGAGUGGUGCUGUGUCUUCAGUGGACGAAUAAUGCCCGCUGGCACAAAUACGCAGAGGGCCGCGCCAGUCCUGGACAUCAAGAUUCAUUCGACUCCGGCAGAUGACGCCUCCGUAAUUGUACAUCACGAGGUAUCUUUCCCCAAAGCAAUCACAUCGUCUCCACCUUCGGUCGAUGCGCCGCUGCCUGUAUCCAACGCCGACACAGUCGUGACAGACGCAGUCGAGCCGGCCUCAACCAUAAUCUAAUAACAUCAUCGUGUA